AUGGCUUACGCGGGGCUAAGAGCCAAGUCUAAAACCUCGACAGCAAUUGGCGUUGUGAUCGGCGUGUCGCACGUCGAGACCGGCGCUCCUCCGCCAAGCGGACUUCCCAUCCUGAGCAACGGGACGACUUGCUCAUGGGCAUCACCGGGCCUGGCCCCGCUGGAGAACGGCCGGGUGGGGAUCACUCUCCGUCCCUGUCUUCCUCCGUCGGGGACCCUUCCGCUCUGCCCCGGAGACCCUUGGGAAGACGAGCUCAAUUGCCCCCCACCGCGGAAGAUGCCGAAUGACUUCAUCCGAAUGCAUGACAAGCAGUCUGAACUAUGCUCUGACAGGCCCACCUUGGCGUCCAUCAUCUUGUUCGGACAGCAGCAGCAUCCUUCGGUCCCGGAGUGCGUGGCCCGGGCGGGCUUGCCAACGGCAAGAUCUUCAUCGCAACGACUGUCUAUGCUUUCGAUACUGUCGAUCACGCGGCACCGGGACGCCGACAUGCUCCACCCGCAGCCUCUCCCGCUGCGGCACAGAAUUGAGGUGAAAACAGCCAGGCUGAGCAACUUGUGGAUCGGAGACGAAGUCGUAGCGAAGAAGCAAAGACGAAUAAACAGCCGACAUUCGACAGAACCGCUGUGGCACGAGAACGUCUUCAGGGCUUCAGCGCAGCUUUGCGCUGUUACUUCCACCGCUGUUCGCUCGAGGCAAUUGCGAUACUUCCGACCCGUGACUGAUGGAAUGAUCAUAGCCGAGGACAAGCUGAUAACAGAUAAGAGCAAUGAUAGCGAUAAGGUUACGGGAAAGUCUUGUGGCAGGAGUCUAUUCCGAAGAGCAUCCACGAAUAUGUUCAAUGUUGCAUUUCCAUUAGGCUUUUCUCUCAUUGUCGUUGCUGCAUGGGUAGCCUUUGGGCUGUAA